UUACAGGUAAUCAGUACAAUGUUGAACCUUCAAAAACGGAUCAGUGGUGUAGAUGAGGAGAAAACAUAUUUGGGCACACGCAUAUCGAUUCGAGAUAAAUUAUUGUCGCAAGAAAUAAAGGAGCUUGAAUCAAGUCUUAAAAAGUGCCUUCGUGUAAGUUGCAUUUCCCAUCAACAUCUGCAUUACAUAAUAUGGAACUCACCGUUUCACCAGUUGAAGGAAUUUAUAAAGGUGGAAUAUUCAAAUUUACUAUAGCAGUGCCACCCGAAUAUAAUAAUGUACCACCCGUGGUAAAGUGUUUAACGCGUGUGUGGCACCCAAACAUAACUGAGGAAGGCUCCAUAUGCUUGUCAUUAUUGCGACAAAAUAGUCUUGAUGGUUAUGGAUGGAUGCCAACUCGUAGAUUGAUCGACGUUGUACUUGGCUUGGAUAGUCUUUUCACUGAUCUGAUCGAUUUUGAUGAUGCUCUCAAUGCAGCAGCAGCCCAGCAGUGGUCUACGAACAAGGAAGCAUACAUUGCGAAAGUACGCGAUUACAUUGUGCGCUUUUGUCGGUGAAAGAAGAAUGAAAGAAAAGAGGAUUUUAUACAAAAUUCGAAAACAUCAUAAUGAUUGUGUUUUGGCACUGUAAUACGGUAAUUAAUCAAAGCGAGAAUUUUCCUUUAAGUGGAAUUUGAAAUUUUGUAUCCUAUGAUAUUUUUCAUUGCACUACGUUAUGACUCUUCCUAUAUCUGUGUAUAUUUUAAUGUUUUGUAAGUGGUUUCAAAAUCUCCAUAUUUAGUGAAUAACUUGCUAGGCUAAUAAUGAUUAGCAGAAAUCUUCGUAAUCUUCAUAAAUAUUUAUAUUGG